ACGCUGAGUUUCACUCCGGCUGCGUCUCCCGCUUGGAGUCGGAGAAGCUGCCGGAGCUCUACUCAAGCCGGACCAGAGCUGCAGCCCGAGCGCGGUAUUACCCUCAGCCUGUUCUUUCAGCCUCCUUAGUCUCGGUCUACAGGACACGUCGGGCGAUGAACCCAAGGCUGCAGCCAAGAGUAGUGUGAAACCAUCUGGGAAAGCAGAGGGAGUCUGGGGGAAGAUGGCCAUGGCCCCAGGCCCUUCCCUGGCACAGGUGUACCCCAGCCCUGUGGCAGUAGCUGUGUGGGAGUGGCAGGAUGGGCUGGGCAGCUGGCACCCCUACAGUGCCACUGUGUGCAGCUACAUCGAGCAGCAGUUUGUCCAGCAGAAAGGCCAGCGCUUUGGGCUGGGCAGCCUGGCACACAGCAUCCCCUUAGGCCAGGCUGACCCCUCACUGGCCCCGUACAUCAUUGACCUUCCCAGUUGGACCCAAUUCCGCCAGGACACUGGUACCAUGCGGGCAGUACGCAGACACCUGUUCCCACAGCAUUCAGCCCCAGGCCGGGGUAUCACCUGGGAGUGGCUGGGCGAUGACGGUUCUUGGACGGCCUAUGAAGCCAGUGUCUGUGACUAUCUGGAGCAGCAGAUGGUCAGGGGCAUCCAGCUUGUGGACUUGGCUCCCCUGGGGUACAACUACACUGUCAACUAUGCCACCCACACGCAAACCAACAAGACUUCCAGCUUUUGCCGGAACGUGCGGCGCCAAGUAGGGCCACCUUACCCAGUGACCAGCGUCAUUGCUCCACCAGGCCAUAUGGGAGUUGCCUGCUCUUGCCAACAGUGCCUCCAUGGCAGCGGAACUGGCCCUGUGUCAGGCCGCUACCGCCACUCCAUGACCAACCUCCCUGCAUACCCCAUCCCCCAGGCCUCCCACAGGACUGCCAUCGUCUUUGGGGCCCACCAGGCCUUUGCCCCAUACAACAAACCUUCACUUUCUGGGUCCAGAUCUGCACCCAGGCUCAACGUCACCAACCCCUGGGGUGGGGCCCCUCCUGCCCUAGGGAACCAGCCCCUCUUUCGCUCCAGCUUGUCCCACCUGGGACCACAGCUCCUGCCCUCUGGACCGUCCACUUCCAGUGGAGCCAGUGCCUCUCUCCCCAGCGGUCCCUCCAGCAGCCUUGGCAGCGUCCCCGCCACUGUGCCUGUGCAGGUGCCCAAGCCCAGCAGGGUCCAGCAAGCGCUUGCAGGCAUGACGAGUGUGCUGAUGUCAGCCAUUGGACUCCCCGUGUGUCUUAGCCGCGCACCCCAGUCCACCAGUCCUCCCGCCUCCCGCCUGGCUUCUAAAAGUCACAGCUCAGUUAAGAAACUAAGGAAAAUGUCCAUGAAAGGGGUGGCUCCAAAGCUGGAGCCAGAACAGGUGAUCAGAAACUACACGGAGGAGCUGAAGACACCCCCGGAUGAGGACUGCAUGAUCUGCAUGGAGAAGCUGUCUGUGAUUUCUGGGUACAGUGAUGUGACCGACAGCAAGACUCUUGGGCCUGUGGCUGUGGGCCGCCUCACCAGGUGCAGCCAUUCCUUCCACCUGCUGUGCCUGCUGGCCAUGUACUGCAAUGGGAACAAGGAUGGCAGUCUGCAGUGUCCCUCCUGCAAAACCAUCUAUGGGGAGAAGACCGGCACCCAGCCCCGGGGGAAGAUGGAGGUGUUCACGUUCCAGGUGUCACUGCCGGGCCACGAGGACUGUGGGACGAUACUCAUAGUUUACAACAUUCCCCAUGGCAUCCAGGGCCCUGAGCACCCCAACCCUGGGAAGCCAUUCACCGCCAGAGGGUUCCCCCGCCAGUGCUACCUCCCAGACAACGCCCAGGGCCGCAAGGUCCUAGAGCUGCUGAAGGUUGCCUGGAAGAGGCGGCUCAUCUUCACUGUCGGGACAUCCAGCACCACGGGUGAGACAGACACAGUGGUGUGGAACGAGAUCCACCACAAGACAGAGAUGGACCGAAAUGUGACAGGACACGGCUACCCCGACCCCAACUACCUGCAGAAUGUGCUGGCCGAGCUAGCCGCGCAGGGAGUGACUGAGGACUGCCUGGAGCAGCAGUGACCACAGCCCUACCAGGCCUGCCUCUGACAGCCAUGCUGGCCCCAAGGCUGUCCCUGGCAGGAAGGUGCCUUUCCUGAGAGGCUAGAAUGCAGGUUGAGGGGUGGCUCCUAAAGCCAGCUCUGCCCACCUGUCCUGCUCCCCACAGGCAGGUGUCUGUGUGGGUGCUGGGCAGCCCUGGGAGGUGGACUUGGGGGGCUAACAAUACAGCUACCUCAUGCAGGGACAGCCAUGUCCUCAAGGCUGCUCUGGGCCUCAGCACCAGACCUGGCGGGAGAGGGGCCGGUCUUUCCCAGCCAGGCAGGCACAGGCCCUGGGUCCGCUUCUCAUACCUCACAUUUUGUUUGCAAUAAAGGCCCUAUAGCCAAAGUGUGCAGGCCUGGUGU